AUCUAUUACCACAUAUGUACACACACACAUAAAGUCUUGUGUGUAUAAAUACAUGCACCAAUAACACACACACACACAAACCCCAACACACAAAAACGCUUGUGAACAAAAAAAGAGAAACCAAAAAACCGGACAAAAGAAAGAAAACAAAACGUUCUUAAAGUUUAAAUGGCAAAUCGUUUCCUCCGACCAAACCUCAUCCACCGUUUCUCCACCGUGAGUCCCGUCGGUCCUCCGACCACCGUCAUCCCGGAGAUUCUUUCCUUUGACCAACCAAAACAAGACGUUGACCUAGAUCUUUCCGACCAAGCUCGACUCUUUGCUUCUGUCCCAAUCUCCACCCUCCUCCGCUCAACCGCAGUUCUUCAUGCUACGUCCAUAGGCCCUAUGGUAGAUCUUGGCUCAUGGCUCAUGAGUUCCAAGCUCAUGGACACGACCGUUACACGCGAUCUAAUACUCCGUGUCGUAAAAGGAACGUUUUAUGACCAUUUCUGCGCCGGCGAAGAUGCGGCUGCCGCUGCAAGGCGCGUGAGUAGCAUGUAUGAGUCGACAGGACUUAAAGGUAUGUUGGUGUAUGGCGUAGAACAUGCCGAAGACAGUGGCGCGUGUGAUGAAAACAUUCAGAAAUUCAUUGAAACCGUCGAAGCUGCUAAAACCCUACCUACGUCUCACUUAAGCUCAGUGGUGAUCAAAAUCACAGCGAUUUGUCCAAUGAAUCUCCUGAAACGAGUUAGUGAUUUGCUCCGGUGGCAAUACAAGAACCCUAAUUUCAAACUUCCAUGGAAACUCAAUUCAUUUCCGGUUUUCUCUGGUUUAAGUCCUCUCUACCACACUACUUCUGAACCGGAACCAUUAACCGCAGAAGAAGAACGAGAGCUAGAAAAAGCUCACGAACGCCUCAAAUCCGUCUGUAAAAGAUGUCAAGAAUCGAACGUACCGUUACUAAUCGAUGCCGAAGACACAAUUCUCCAACCGGCGAUUGAUUACAUGGCUUAUUGGUCGGCGAUUAUGUUCAAUUCUGACAAAGACCGACCUAUAGUUUACAACACGAUUCAAGCCUACUUGAAAGAUGCAGGAGAGAGAUUGCAUUUGUCUUUACGAGAAUCUGAGAAAAUGAAUGUUCCUAUUGGGUUUAAAUUGGUGAGAGGUGCUUAUAUGUCUAGUGAAGCUAGGUUAGCAGAUUCCUUGGGUCACAAGUCACCGGUCCAUGACACAAUUCAAGAUACACACAAUUGCUACAAUGACUGUAUGAGUUUCCUUAUGGAGAAAGCCUCAAAUGGAUCAGGCAUUGCGGUCAUUCUAGCGACGCAUAACACCGACUCCGGUAAACUAGGGGCAAGGAAAGCAAGUGAGCUAGGGAUCGAUAAAGAAAACGGGAAGAUCGAGUUUGCACAGCUUUACGGAAUGUCGGAUGCAUUAUCUUUCGGAUUGAAAAGGGCCGGUUUCAAUGUGAGCAAGUACAUGCCAUACGGGCCGGUGGAUACUGCGGUUCCAUACCUUAUCCGGCGGGCAUAUGAGAACCGUGGUAUGAUGUCUACAGGAGCUCUAGACCGCCAACUUAUGAGGAAGGAGCUUAAGAGAAGAGUUAUGGGUUGGUGAUUGGUGAAGACGGAAGAUAUAUAAAUGUGUUUCAUUCAUGGAAUAAUUAUAAGGCAAAUAUAGAUUUUAAAAUUAUAUAAAUGGAGUAGCAAAAUAUCUGAAGUAGGUUUUGAUCACAAAAGGGUAUCAUCCACAAAUGUAUACAGUAAUUCCUUAGUGAUCAAUGAUAAUGUAAUUUGCAUAUUUCAUU